AAACUCCAUCUUCACAUCCUCACGUUCAAAUUCGACAUGCAUUUCAGUUCUGAUUCCAGACCCAGACUCGACCCCGACCAGCCUCGCCCAGAGCCCCUCUCGGCGCCUGCCCCCGCGCCUCGGCCCCAGAUAAACCGAUGCAGCUGUUAGCUACCCCACCACGAACACGUCUCAAAACCGUUUCUUUUCUCGGGAGAUUCUGUUUCUCUUAAUACACAUUCGCCAAUUCUUUUUCCCAAAGUCAUUCGCCGGUUCUCUUCGAAUUCCCCUCCUCGCCUCACAACCUUCCGUCCCUCCCUCUACGUGGAUAACAAUGGCAUCCACAAACCAGGGCCCACGCCACGUCGGCCAAUGGCUCUACCUGCGCCCGGAGUGCAUUGACGAGUACAAGAAAUGCCACGCCGCGGUGUGGCCCGAGGUGCUGGAGCAGAUCAAGGAUAGCAACGUGCACGACUACUCCAUCUUCCUCACCCUCACCCCCCGCCCCACGCUCUUCGCCUCCUUCAAAUACACCGGCACCUCCUUCGACGCAGACAUGGCGCGCAUGGCUGCGAACCCCAAGGUGCAGGAGUGGUGGCGCAUGACGGACGGUAUGCAGGAGAGCCCCGUCGAGGGCGCGGUGGGGAGUAAGGAUGGGCCCGGGUGGUGGGGGCAGAGUGAGGAGGUGUUUUAUGUGGAGUAGGGUGUUUGUAUAGGGUUUGCACAGGGUUUGCACGCGGAUGGGGUGCUGGGGUGGGCGGCGAGCGGUAUAGGGAGUGGGAGGGGGUGCUUCCUUGGCCGUGUCGUUUCUAGCUUCCAACUUAUGCUCGGGUUGUGAGUUGUCUGGAAUGUGUGACUACGAGCGCACCGUUCUGAAUCGACCUUUCUGGGAAGUCGUUGCUUCGCAAUUGGGUUUAAAUGUGAUUCUUAGCGUACACAUGGCUCUUCGACCUUUGGGAGUAUACAGAACUCGUCACCCUCAGCCUCUGUAGUCAGUAGUUUCUGUGCAAUGUUGCCAACAAAUCUGCGUGAUACACUUCAGGGUUCCUUACAAUCCGAUGUGUCAGUAAUUCAAGCUGCAACACACGGCCUUCGUGGUAAAACCUGCAUCACCAAAUCAAGCCC